CCGCAACGCCUCAUGUUUCUCGUACUCAUUCAUUGACAAGAAGAGUCAUUGUCAUUGCCACUCCAUAAACUCUUUCCUUUCCAUUCUCUCCUUCUUAUCCCUCCUUCCUUUCUACUCAUUAUCAGUAAUAUCAAUAGCGUCUUUUUCUUAUAAUGAACCUUUCCAGCCUUCUUCACUUGCAACCUCCUUCAUAUGGACGUAAAAAAAACUACGAGUUCGGGCCUGACCUUGGUACCGGAACCUAUGGUACUGUGAAGAGAGCAAAGGCACUUGACACAGGUGAAGAUGUCGCUGUCAAGAUCAUCCUCAAAAAGACUGUCAAGGGUCAUGAGGAAAUGGUGGAGAAGGAAAUUGGUGUGCUCAAGAAUCUGAGUCAUCCCAACAUUGUCAACUUUAGGGAUUGGUUCGAGAGUCGUGACAAGUAUUACUUAGUCUUUGACUUAGCUUCUGGUGGUGAGCUUUUUGACAAGAUUUGUGAACAGGGUCGUUUUACAGAGAACAAUGCCGCGACAAUCAUGAAGGAGGUCAUUCAGGCGAUCGAAUAUUUGCACAGCAAGAAUGUUGUACACAGAGAUUUGAAGCCGGAGAACCUGCUUUACAAGGACAACACGCCCGAUUCGAAACUCAUGAUCGUAGAUUUCGGUAUUUCAAAGGUCAUGGAAUCCGAAGACCAGGUGUUGACUACCAUGUGUGGCAGCUAUGGCUAUGCUGCUCCAGAAGUUUUACUUCGCAGGGGCCAUGGAAAGCCAGUCGACAUGUGGAGCAUCGGUGUUAUCACCUACACUCUUCUCUGCGGAUAUGCGCCUUUCCAAGCUGAAAAUGAUCAACAGCUGGUAGCUGAGAUUGCUAGAUGCAACGUCGUCUUCCAUGAGCGAUAUUGGAGAGACGUCUCUGUUGAAGCCCGCGACUUUAUCAAAUGUUUGCUCCGAGCUCAUCCCGAAAAGAGAUUGACAGCUACAGAAGCCCUUCAACACAAAUGGAUUACCACUGAGACUGGUACUGAUGUAGAUCUCUUGGAUAAUGUCAAAGAAGGGUUCAAUGCCAAGAGGAUGUUCAAGAAAACCGUUCGGGCUGUGGCAGCUGCCAAUCGCCUUCGUUCCAUGACCCGUUCUCCUACUAAUGCAGAUACUUCAUCGGAUGAAAUUGAGUCUUCCUCAGCCCAACAGCAACAGCAACAGCAACAGCAACAGCAACAGCAACAGGCAUCAACAGGCAUAGAAGUGACACAACAACAAUAGAGGCAUUUGAGGGAACGUCUAAUCACUUCAACCAACCUUCUAUUAAACUAUUAUUUGUCUUUCUCUCA